GCGGCGAGAUGAGCGCGGAGCUCGCGCCGCGCACGGAGCCGCCCGCGGCAGCCGCCGCCCGCCAAUGAGCUGAGGCCGCUCACAGCCCCCCCCCCCCCCCCCGCCGCCUCCGCCUCGGCCGCCUCGGGGCGCGCGAACUGAGGGAACGUCAUCAUGGGAGCAUUUUUAGACAAGCCAAAGACGGAGAAGCAUAAUGCCCAGGGGCAAGGGAAUGGGCUUCGUUACGGUCUGAGCAGUAUGCAAGGCUGGCGAGUUGAAAUGGAGGACGCACACACGGCUGUGAUUGGUUUGCCAAAUGGACUCGAUGGAUGGUCGUUUUUUGCUGUAUAUGAUGGGCACGCUGGAUCACAGGUUGCCAAGUACUGCUGUGAGCAUUUAUUGGAUCACAUCACGAGCAACCAGGAUUUUAAAGGGCCAGGUGGACCACCAUCUGUGGAAAGUGUAAAGAGUGGCAUCAGAACAGGUUUUCUGCAAAUUGAUGAGCACAUGAGAGUCAUCGCCGAGAACAAACAUGGUGCAGACAGAAGUGGGUCAACAGCUGUGGGUGUCAUGAUUUCUCCCCAACACACAUACUUCAUCAACUGUGGAGACUCGAGAGGUUUACUUUGUAGGAACAGGAAGGUUUACUUCUUCACGCAGGAUCACAAACCAACUAAUCCACUGGAGAAAGAGCGUAUACAGAACGCAGGUGGCUCUGUAAUGGUUCAGCGUGUGAAUGGUUCUCUUGCCGUUUCAAGGGCACUUGGGGACUUUGAUUACAAACGUGUCCAUGGGAAAGGUCCUACAGAACAGCUAGUCUCACCGGAGCCUGAAGUUCAUGAAAUUGAGAGGUCAGAAGAAGACGAUCAAUUCAUCAUACUGGCUUGCGACGGUAUCUGGGAUGUUAUGGGAAAUGAAGAGCUAUGUGACUUUGUAAGAUCCAGGCUUGAAGUCACUGAUGACCUUGAGAAAGUUUGCAAUGAGAUAGUUGACACCUGCUUGCACAAGGGAAGUCGAGACAACAUGAGUGUGAUACUGAUCUGUUUUCCGAACGCACCAAAGGUAUCACCAGAGGUGGUGAAAAGAGAGGCAGAAUUGGAUGAGUACCUGGAAAGCAGAGUAGAAGAGAUCGUAAAGAAGCAGGUUGAAGGAGUCCCAGACUUAGUCCACGUGAUGCAUAUGUUAGCAACUGAGAGCAUCCCAAACCUCCCGCCGGGGGGGGAAUUGGCAAGCAAACGGAAUGUGAUUGAAGCUGUUUAUAACAGACUGAACCCCUACAGAAAUGAUGAUACUGAUUCUUCUUCAAUUGAUGAUGUAAACCUAUUCUUCUAGCUGUGGAGUUCACGUUUCAUCCUUCAAUUGGAAGCACAGCCCAGCCUCAAUGACCAUUCUUAACAUCCAUCCUCAACCUUAAUUAAAUAAAGGAAUAUGAUGUGUUGGUGAGAGUGGCUACACCAGUAUGACAUCUUUUUUUGUGAUUUCGAACGUGAUUUCGAACCAUUAUUCAUGUUGUGAACAAACAUAAAUCAGACUCCAGCAAUUUAUGUUGUAUGAUUUUGGUUUUGUAAAGUGCAAUUGUCUUUGUACAAAAUGCUCAUAUUUAAUUAUGAACUGCUUUAAAUCACUGUAAAGGUCAGAAGAAAUGUUUGGCUUGUGUGAUGCAACAAUGUAUAUCCCUUUGAAUUCCUGUUGUGGUUUUGGAUUGCAAGGAGCAGCAGCCUAGCCAGGUAGGUGCUCAAGAGGUGCACAAAACUGUAAGGAUAACUUAUUUUAUAUGAAAGCAGAACUGAUGGACAGCUUACCAGGCGUUACGGAGUGUGAAUUGGCUUGGCAAUGGAAAAAUAGAGCAGUGCACGUCCUUCAACAAAUGUAUCUCACUUUCUUGGACACACUCCCACUCUCACAUUGAGUUAAAGGGAGUUGUGAGUUUUACUUCAGUGGGUGUUAAAUCAUGCCCUAUAAAUAGUAUCAUGUUUGUACCUGUACAAAUCUUGAGAUUAGAAUGCCUUGAUUCUUUGCGCCUCUUUUUUUUUUAUUAACCCUUACCUGAAACUACUAAUCACUGAGCACGAACAGGCAGCUUUCUACGUACAGUAGGAGUCUGCAGCAUUUUUACAAUCCUUGUUGGCUGGGUCUGCUGCUGUUAGAAGUAAAAUAUUUUGAAUUCCGUUUUAUCAAUAAAGCUUGAUUUAACAAACAAGAAAUUUAUCUAUAAAUGUGUAAUUCCUUUUUUCCUGCCUUUUAAAAUGUUGGUGCCAUUGUAAAUGGUAUUUUACUUGUGGAAGAAUAUUUUUAUUAAUUGGUAGCCCAUUUUAAAAUGGGAAGUAUUUUGAUUAUUGCCCGAGACAUAGCCAUAUGCUAGAGGAAUAUGUGGGAUUAAUGUUACCCUGUUUUUAACAAGUGUGGGGUUUUUCAGGCUUUUUGUGUUUGGUUUUUUUUUUUCUCCCCACUGAAGAUGUGCAUUGGUUUGAAUUUGCCUACUGUUUGAUAAAAAUAUUUGUCAAAGCCUGACAAUCUUUAACAUUUUAUGGUGUGUGUUUUUAAUUGACCCACUUAUGUAGAAUGAGAGACUAGUGGUUAAACCGUACUUGUGAUUUGAGGUAUAGCAUGUUGACAAUAUUUAACUGUUGGUUGUUUAAAAUUCUAAUUUAAGAUUUUAUGAGAUAAUAAACUAAAUUGAUUUAAGCUUAGCUUUCUCCCAUUGAGCAUAAAAAAAUUAAGUUUUCAAGUCAGUCGUGUUUGCAAAACUGCUGUUUUGUGCACCUUGUAUUGUCUUUUUGGUUGAGACUACUGUAUUGAAUAUGUAGUUUACUCAUUUAGUAGGCAGAUUCCCCAAAAGGAAAACCAGUAAAACAAGUAGAUUGUAACAUUUACUGCAGUUAAACCGAAUCAAAACUUGGUGUAUAAUUACUUUUUGAUAGGAAAAUGUAGUACAAUGCAUUUUGCUAUAUUUGUCUGUCCCUAACUUUGAAAUAUACAUAUUUGUAUAUAUAGCCUUAAAACUAAUGCAGAGUUAGGGAACACUGAACAGUGAAAAAGUAACUUAUAGUGACUUGGAACUAAGUAUAGUAGAUACCAGCAAACUUUUCUUUUAUUGUUCUUGUCUAUGUGGGGUGCUUAAACGUAACUUCAUUGUAUUCAGUUUGUAAUCUGUUCAAGCAUGAAUGAAGAAAACAUAAGCACUAUUUGUAUUUAUAAAUUUAUAGCAAUUUUUGCUUAAAGAACCAGUUCCUUACCCUACCUAUGAAUAAAUGCUUCAAAUGUCUAAUUUUGUUGUAGAGUGCAAAACUAUAAUAAUGUUAAGUUGUAGCUUCACAGGCACCUAAUUAACAAGCGUAUUUAGUAAUACAUGGCAUGUUAGUGCAAAAAGCUAACUUAAUUUAGGACUAGGCAGAUAAAAUUCUGUCCUUUUUCAUAGAGAGUAAAGUUUAGUUUUGGAAACUGCAAAACCUUGAAAUGGACUGGGGAACCUUUGAGUUUUAAAAAGUCAGAAUCAAAACUGUGGUGUGAAAAGCCAUACUUCAUAAUCACUUAAACUGUCUCAGUGACGCAUGAUGUGUUUGAAGCCUCUUCUUAUGAGGUCUCCUAAAGGUUAGAAAGAAAAUAAUUCUGCUGUUGCUACAGGCGAUGGAACUAGGUUUGAGGGUAGCAGAAGAAAGCCCGUUUCAGGCCUUUCUCUCUCCCCCCUAUGUUCAGCAUUUUGAUGAGGUCAGAGCACUGAAUCUAUUAAGUAUGCAUAAACACUGCCAUUUUAGAUACAGGUUUUGAUUACAGUAUAUGUGAAUUGAGUAUAUAAAACAUCCUAGGAAAAAGGCAAGCUAUAGUUUUCACUGCUCUGAAAAGAAAAAGGCACUUUUGCACCUUUGUGUAUCUCCUUCUUGCACCAGAAACUUUUUUUUUUUUUAAUAAAUGCUAAAACAUUAGCACCUCAGGGGCAAGGCAGCAAUCUUAUUUUUAUUUUUAAGUGUUGUGUGCUAUUUAUUUCCCUCUCGGAAAAAGAUUCCUGUGUGACAAAAAUGAAAAUUGUGUGAUGUUAAAAGAUGUAUUUUUAAAUACAUGUUCAAAUAAGAUGGUCCCAAUUUGCUUGUUUUUAAAAGGAAAUGACAUUUGUAAAGCUACUUUGCUUCAUAUGCCGUGUGACUUUGUUUUCUUUCUACUUUUGACGGCUUCACUGGCUUCAGUUUUUGUGAGUUUUGUUGUAGUCAGAUUAAAUGUUUUGCUGAUCGUUCUGGGAGAAUACCUGUACUGCUUUGUAGACAACUGUUUCAAAUAAUCCUCACUAAUUCAGCAUUGAAAUAUGUUCAAGACAGAGGCUUCUAAAAUGUGUUUUAAAGCCAAUCUUGGAUUAACUAAAUGCAGUUACAUUAAGCAGGGUCUUAGAUUUGCAAGGCUUUGUAAAUCUGUUCUAUUGGAAUCCCUGGUACACGCGAUGGGGCGGAAAUCCACAGGUCCUGGCUGAGUUGUGGAGCCUUUUAGCUGGCUUGCUCUUACCUAGCUGGGAAGCAGCGCCACAAAGAUCUUUGUGUGUGGUCAUCAUUCAUUUUAAUCUUCCAGCAAAAGUCAGAAUUGGAGAGAGAAUUUUCAUCUGCCUCUCCUUAAACUGUGCUGGGUCGCAGUAACCCUGGGUUGUGUCAUACCAGCAAGGUCCUCGAUGAUAAUUAAACAGCAGAUGAGUGAUGGUAGCUCUUACCUUGAGAGUUCAUGUAGGUGCUGAAGCAAGUAAUUUCAACUUGUACUUAUGAUAAACUCACUUCAGUGUCCAUUGAAUUGUUUAUUGCAAAGCUGUUUAUUGUUUGUUAUUGUUUAUUACAAAGCAUCUCAACUAUGUAGGUUAAAAUCUGAGACAUUUCGCUCUGUUUAAGAAUUAGAAACUUUAAAAGGCAAUUUAGCAAAGUUAGGGAAUAGUUUUCACUUCAAUCCAGUCUCUGAUAAGAAUUCCAUCUUAAUUUGAUACACUGGAAAAAGAUAGACUUCCCGAUGAAUUUCAUUCUUUAGUAAUUUAUGGACUAAGGAUGUGGUUUCAUGCUGAACAUACAUCAAGACUAAACUACUGUAAAUUUGCCCCACCGCCCUUUUUAUGCCAGCAGCCAUGUGGCUGUGCACUUAGGAGAAAAAAGUAAUCUGUGCUCUUCAGCUGGGUAAGUUGAUGUGCCAGCAUCCCAUAGCUGGAUUUAGGACACGCUCUGGACUGGGAAGACAGGACUGAGAGCAAAGGAAUGGUUACACCACCCAUUCCUUCUGCCGCAGUUUGGGAAACCACACCCUCGGUGCAGAUAAGUGAUUGACCUAUAUAGGGAAUGUCAAAGCCUUUGCAAAUCUUCCUCCACUCUGUACUUAAGACAAACAUUUUGUAUUGGUAAACCUUCUUAAAACUCGAAUCAUGAGACUUUGGUUUUAAUGUCUUGUGUACGAGUUCCAUGCUGACAAACUUACUUUCUGUUUGCUUUCUCUAGAUUUACAUAGCUGUGUCCUGUGGGACAGACAGCGGGGCUGCCACAAUUGGUAUAAUGAUAUGCUUGUUACAGUUUACCCUAUUUCAAGGUACAUCAGGAUUUCAUCAUGCUGAGAUGUUCACCUUCAUCUCUACCUGCACCUUGAAUUGCUUCCAUGCACAAAUGACUUGGUGUAUUUAAAUUUCUUGAUCUUUAAACCUGGCUGUGUCUGUAACAAGCUGACCUUUAGUAAAAUGUUACCCUGGGCAAAUACAAAAUUUUAACCCAAACCUGAUGUACCUUGAAUAGGUUCAGAAAAGGCAAAACUGUAUAGAGCUGUACCUGAGAGUUUAAGGUCCUUUCUGACCUAAACCAUUCUGUGAUUCUAUGAAAUGGAAUUGUUACUCUGUGCCAAGCUUCAUGAGGUGUGAAAAUAAUGUCUCUUAGAUAACUAGUAGAUCCUUGCUCUUGCAGCCACCUGUGUUUGAGACGAAGGAAACCCGAGCCUUUAUAUACCAAUACAGGGUGUAAAGUCUCAGACUGACUGCAUUUUUUAACUCUCGAAGUGGUAGUAAGAGGCUCCACACCUGAAUUUCUAGGAUGCUGUAGUGCAUAAAAUGAAUGUGAUUCCUGCUGUAAGCUGUAAAAAUGGAGUAAAAUUUGAAAGUAACAGUCUGAGACUAAGUACUUUUGACUGACCUGUCAAUGAAAUAUUGGUCAGAGAAUCCAAUUUUUGGAUGAGCUCUUUCAGAGCUGUCUCUGGAGUGCUUGCACAGUCUGCAGGUCUCUGCAGAGCCAGGCCUGCACCUUCUGAACCUCUUCGUAGCCUUAUUUUCAUUGAUAAUGUCACUUUGUAGGUGAGGUUGCCAACACCUGGGCCGUGGCAUUUUUUCACAGAAGUUUAAGAAGCUGUAGGAAAAAAGGUUGCUUUAUUCUAAUGGACCAUUAAAUACUUUCAAGUAGAAAAAAGUAUACCGUAUGCUAAAAGCUGGGUCUACAUCAUGUCCCACUGAAAACUUGUCAGAAAAAUCUAUAAAUAUGUUGACUGUUUACUUAAGUGAAAAAAAAAAAGUCUGGAGCUUUAAUCUCCUGAUUGUGUCAGAGUUGGUGACCUAUAGCUACCUAAGCUCUGUGCAUAUUCCUUGCUUUAUGUCUUUAUUUGAUGUUCCUUUUGAGUAGCAGUAAAGCAUUAUUUUUCCCCUCACGGAGACACCUUUGUAAAAGUCUCUGUUUCCAAGCAAAGAGAACAGGAGUGACAGCAAUGUCUUAGGAAAGUGUUUUGCGCGAAGCUUUAUUUAAACACAGCAACAACAGCAAAACUCCUAACCUUUGCAGCCACAAAAUUUGGGAAAGAGAGCUUAGCUUAAUUUAAAACGCCUUUUAUAGAAUUAAGGAAAUAGUUCUGUUCUGAAAGUGUGAGAACUUCAGCAGAGGAGGGGUGACAGGUCAGGUUUCUAGAGUAUAUCUUGUUUUAUGCCUGGCCAGAUUUUUACACUUAGCUUGUGCUGAUUCCUGCCCAAAGGCUUUUUAAAGUAUCACUAGACAUCUACUUUAUCUUUCCUCCUGCCCCCCAAAAGAAGAAAAAUAGAACCAAUGGUCUUUACUACAUUGUCACCUGCCAUUUAUUUGCAAAGGUGAGUGCUGUGUCAGAUAGUAAAACAUUUUCCUUUAAGAUAACUCUGUCAGCACUUCUCAGCUCGCUCAAUAGCAUUGAGCCAAAACUGAAAUUCAUUUUUGCUUCCAUUAAGUGAACAUCUCAGAAGAGCUGAUGGGAGCAUAGUUUUUUUUACAGCUAAAGGAAACGGAACUCUUGAUACAUAUUGUGAGUAAACCUCCAGAGCUGAAGGAAGUUCUGUUGUGUCUUUGAGAAAUAUCUUUGAGAAAAUGAGGCUGGCAAGUCAUGAAAAAUUACAUACUUUUAUGUAUGUAAUGCCUAUAGAUGACGAUCUUCAGAGUUUAAUUUCACUUGCAUUACUGAAUUCAACCCCAUCUGAGCAAUGGAAAUACUGAAUUUUCACUGUUGGGUUUCCAGGCUGAGGCACAAUAUUUGUGUUUGAGAUACCAAGAAACUGGGAAAAUCAGGCCUGUGCUUAACUCUACAUCCUGCUGGUGUUGAUGGAGUUUCACUUACAGUAUACACAGUUUGCACAUGUAUUGUUGGCGCCUUAACUGCUCCUGUCUUCUUGGAAUGAAAAUGAAACGGAAUCCUUAUUCGGUUUUGGUUUUGAAAAAGUUUCUCAAAGUCAAAGGGACAAAGGUGGUAAUGGUGAAGCAAAAAGUUAGAUUAAUUGGAAAUAACACUUUCAUAAUUCUUUAAACUCCUAAAUCAGCCUUGUUUUCUUUAAAACGUCAGAAGGACACAGUUAAAAAGCUUUGAUCUUUCAUGUAGUAUUUUUACCUUUAAAGAAUAAAUAAAAGAAUGGAACCUAAAGUAAGUUACAUGGGGUAGAAAAACAUAGAGGCCCUAAAACUCUAGAAAUGUGGUGAAUUUAGAUAGCAUUAAUUCAUUUCCAUGUCCAGUGAUAGACCUACUGGAGGGAUCUUUGUUGGUGCUUUUAGGGGAACUUUUUAUUCUUGCCAAGUCUUUGAUACUAGACUGGCAAGUCUGCUGGAGUUUGACAUUCCCAGACUCUUAAUUUGGAAUCUGGGCAUUACACCACAGAGUACACAGUACAGGAGGUGCUGCAGUACCUGUUACCACGCGUUCUGCGGGUGAAAGCCAUGCAGCAGUUUGAUGCUGGAAGUUGGAAUUUCCUAGCGUAAGCUUUAUUGCUGGUGGUGUAAAUCGCAAUGAGUACCAAGAGUUAAGUUGUAUUUAUUAACUUGAUCCAACUGUGGUGCCAGGAAUUCAGCUUUUGGAGUAAGGGCUGAUUUAUGCAGACAUUCUUGGCGAAUUGUGCUUAGUAGUUCAUUACUUGGAAAACUAAAUUACUAGCAGCUAAGGGUUAAUACGAGACAAAAACUUAGGUUGUCCUAGUCAGGGAGCACUAGAUGUUUGAAAACUAUGAGGUUUCAUUUCCAGAACUGGCUGCUUUAUAAAUCUAAGCAGAGAUUUGGGGUUCUAGCAUCUGUCUUGUUACUAAGACCACAUACAAACAUGCUGAAUUAGAGAGUUCUCACUCGUCUUCUCACAGAAUUGACUCCACGUCUUAUCAGAAGAGUCUCAUUCAUAGUGAUAUGCUGUGCCUGUCUUUUUAGAAAAUUCCUGACCUCUUUCUAUCUAUUUUGUGGAAAGUGUAACUUUUUUCAUUGAUAACCUGUAUAAAUGUGUGUUACGAAUGGAGACAUUUAAGCUUGAAAAAGCAUGUUUGCAGAUGACACAGCAUUGUUGUGGGAUUUAUAAAUUUAACAGAGUGAUAUGCAAGAGCAUAGCUAUUUUCCUUAAGUAGAAUGUAUAACAAUAUAUAAUAAAUUAUUCUCCACGUAGUUCACCCACUAUUUACAGUUUUACACAAUUCAGACUGUGUUUACAGAAAGUUCAAUAAAUGUAUAUUUUGUACUAUGUACAGAUUCCUGGUCCCAAAGAAAAUGUGUGAACUUAGUUUCUAACUUAACUUUUGAGAUUGUACUUUUUUUUUUCCAUGUUUUUUUUUGUUUGGAAUCAGCGGAACAAACUGCGUUUUGCCUGUUGGUGGUGGAGGCUUGCGUUGGAGUACAUGGGAAUUGGAAAUAUUUCUAAUCUACAGAAGUGAUUCCACUAAAUAAAACAGGCAAUUACA